CGGGCCAGGCGAGGCGUGGCCGGGCUCGGCGUGGCGGAGGCUCUGGGCUCGUAAUGGAACAACUGCCGGAUCCAGUUAUGCAAGAAGAUGCAAAUAUUAAAGCCAUUAAUGAAGAGUACAGGAAAGCCUUUAUUUAUAUCAAUAAAGGACUGAAUACAGAUGAACUGGGUCAGAAGGAAGAGGCAAGAAGUUACUAUGAGCAAGGGCUUAACCACUUGCUCCGAGGAGUUAGCAUUCCAUCAGAGGGUCCUGAGUGUACAGGGUCCCAGUGGGAGUCUGCCAGGCAAAUGCAACAGAAGAUGAGAGAGACCCUGCAAAAUGUUCGUGCUCGACUUGGCAGUCUAGAGCAAAACACCCCACCGGUACAAGCAUCUCCUGCUAUGAUGGAUACCCCUCCUGGGGUGCCCAAAUUAUACCCCUCCAUUCCUUCCAAAGAAAAGCCAGAAAGACCCCCUCCCCCUAAUUCUCUCUUUGUUCGAAGUCAGUUGCCUGCAGCAGAUGGAAGUGUUGCAGCUGUGAGUCAGGGGCAAAUUCCAGCUAUGAGUCCAUCAUCUGCAAAACCUCUUUGUCUGCCAAAUGAAGCACCUCCUGCCUAUACUCCUCAAGCUACCAAUGGCCACUUUACUGUGUCCUAUGGCACAGACUCUGGGGAGUUUUCUUCUGUCAGUGAGGACUACUACAACAACAAGUGUACUCAGCCACCUCCCCUGGAAAACCUGGGAGUGGAUGCAGAUGAGCUGAUCUUGAUUCCCCAAGGAGUACAGAUAUUUUUUGUGACUCCUGAUGGGCAGGUUAGUGCUCCUUCAUAUCCUGGAUAUCUGCGCAUCGUCAAGUUCUUGGAUACAGAUAGUGAAGCUGCUCGGAAUCGUCCACCGGCGUUUCUUCAGGUUUGUGACUGGUUGUAUCCUCUGAUGUGUACCCAGUCUCCUGUUCUGUGCUGCAAUACUGGGGUCUACAUGUUCCCCGACACGAUGUCCCAGAUACCAGGGUCCUACGUGGGAGUAGUGCUGUCUUCAGAGCUUCCAGCAGCUGACAGAGAGCUGUUUGAGGAUCUGUUAAAACAGAUGUCUGACCUACGAAUCCAGGUGCCAGGAUCCCAUGAGAGAGUAGGGUUACCUUCAGAGCUCCCAGCAACUAUGAGAGCACAUUUUGAAGAUAAAUUUAAACAGAGGUCUGGCCACAAAGUCCAGCCUUCUGAAGCCUCUAGUGAUGCAAUUCACUUGCCUCAGACUGUACAUAUCCAGCCACAACCUGAAGAAGCAGAAGAUCAGAAAGAGUUACCAGAAUGGAGUGAGAAAGUUGCCCAUGGAAUCUUGUCAGGUGCAUCUUGGGUAAGCUGGGGCCUAAUGAAAGGAGCAGAAUACACAGGUAAAGCUAUUCACAAAGGAGCUUCUAAACUGCGAGAGCACAUUCAACCAGAAGAAAAGCCUGUGGAAGUCAACCCAACUGUAGCAAAGGGACUUCAUGUAGCAAAACAGGCUACUGGAGGAGCUGUGAAAGUCAGCCAAUUCUUAGUUGAAGGGGUCUGUUCGAUAGCAAGCUGUGUCGGAAAGGAGCUGGCUCCACACGUGAAGAAGCAUGGCAGCAAAUUAGUUCCAGAAUCCCUAAAGAAAGAUAAAGAUGGCAAAUCUACUUUUGAUGGUGCUCUGGUUGUAGCAGCAAGUGGAGUUCAAGGGUUUUCAACAGUGUGGCAAGGUUUAGAAAGUGCAGCGAAGUGCAUUGCUAAAAGUGUUUCAACUGAGACUGUAAAAACGGUCAAACACAAGUAUGGAGAGGAUGCCGGUGAUGCUACAGACAACGCUAUGAAUUCUGCAAUCAAUGUUGGUGUUACAGCAUUUAACAUUGAAAAUAUCGGUAUCAAAUCUGUUGUAAAGAGAACUGCAAAAGAAACUGGCCAUGCUGUGCUAGAUGAAUAUAAAGUAUUGGAUAAUGAAAAGAAGGGUAAAAAAUGAAAGCAGUUAAGUACUUCUCAGAGCCUUACAUUAGAGAUUAAACUUCCUAUUUAGAAGUAAUUACACUGCUCAUCUGACAUUGAACAUAAGUCACACUGUACUUUUCAAGCAACUGUUACUUAAUUUAAAAGGAAAAUGUAAAAGUAGGAGGAGCAUUUGUAAGAGGAAAAAUGAAAGUUGUCACCUCCUUGCUCAGUACAGAACAAGAGGUUUAAACAACUGGAUCAGGGCUUUAGGCAACUGGAAGUUUGCAGUUCAUAUACUUGCAUCUUUAAGCACUUUUUCAAAAUAAUAUAUGGAAUAAUAGAUUAAUAUAGAAGUCUAUUGUGAAUAUUUUUGUAACACUUUAUAUUUAUAAAGAAGGUGGUGAUACAGAAAGAGUAGGAUGGCUAAUUCUGGAAUAAGUAAAAUUACCAGUUUUGGCUUUAUAACUAUCCUUAAGAAUUAGUUUUACUAAUCAAGCCUUGUCUUAUUUAAUAUGCACAACUAAUAUAAGCAUUGUGUUUUAUUGUUUCAUAGAGAAUUUCUCUUUUCACCUACAAAAAAGCUGAUCUUACCCAAAGUUCAUGCUAGGAGAAAUGAAAGGUGAACCUCAGGAAAUUAGGUAGUCAUUCCCUUUCAAACUUUUUUUUUCCUCAUCCAGCAUAUAAGUAAACCAAAGAUACCAAGUAUUUUUUCUAAAAGAGAGUUCUAGAAAACAUGCAUUUUUAGUUUUAUAGUUCUAGAAAAAAAUGCAUUUAUAGUUCUAGAAAAAAUUAUAGUUCUAGAAAAAAAAAAAGCAUUUUUCAGUUGACUUCAUAAGGAAUAUACAAAGAUUCUUUGAAAUUCAGGUUUUUAUGUAGAGAGAAUAAGUAUGGUUUUGCAUAAAUUAAAGUAUUUUUCUGUGAAAAUAUUAGAGGGCACUGGGAAAUUCUAUGCAUUCUGUACUUAUCAGCUGAUCCAGAAAGAUUCAGAUUAUAUAUCAUGACCUCAUAAUGGAAGACUCCUAAUGUUUGAACAAAUAGUUCUAAUGAUCAUCAUCUUUAUUCCAUUAAAUUACACAAGGGUGUGAAGUGUUGAAAAAGACAAUGAAGACAAACCCUUUUAAUUAAGAGUUAUGUAGAAUAGACACUUCUGUGUAGAUUUGUCAUCCCAUUUGUACCACAGUAUAAAAUAACUCAAGAUGUUAAAUCCUUGAGAUGCUUUGACACUGCUACUUAUUUAACACUUUACUAUUUAGUUUUAAAGCUACUGUGCAUUCUAAUAUUGGCUGGACCUACAACAGGCAGAAUGCCAACAACUUACAACUUAUCUCCUUUCAUGUAGAUGGAGAAAAUAACUAUAAAUUGUUGUUGGCAAGUAAUAUUUGUAGAAGAUUGAAAAAAUGCAGUAACUACAGUCUGUUAGAAUGGUAAUAGAGGCAUAUUUUGUGGUAGCUACUGCAGGCGUGUGCUUAAAGUGAGAAAUGUGAACGAAAGGAUCUAACCACUUGAAGUGUAACUUUGAUUUAUGCAAAUAAAGAUAAAAUCUGUGCUUGA